AUUGUAGCCAAAGUCUUCACAAGCACAAACACUUCCAGGGAAGUGGCAUAAUUAGCGGCAAGCAUAUGGAAAAACAAGACUUUUGCCGCCUCCCGAAAACAACAGGAAAUAAAUUUCAAAGAGGACUUUGCAAUUGGAAUGUCUAAUUGGAUUAUCAGCGAACAGCGACAAAGAGGAACACAACGACGUCUUUCCAAUCACAUUAAGGUCUGGCCCUGCAACGUGAACAAACUGGCCACAGCAGCCGUCUCAAGGGCAAGGACAGCGUAUUUACAAGGACCGCGGCGCUAAUUUCCCUUGGGCCAUUCAGCUGGAGGCGCAACCUUGUGGAGCAGGAGGAGCUACGACGAUUCUGGCUGGGUUAUGCCCAACGUCUGCCCUGGAACGUUGAGGGAGAAAGACGGUCGCUGUCGCUGCUGUCGAACGAUACGUUGAGACUGACCUUCGGCCAAGGCCUUCUGGCCAGUGCUACUAUGUCCCUGCUGGCCCUCGCCCAAGCCUCCGCUUCCACCUCCACCUCCAGUUCCAGCGACACUGAACUCGAUGCCCAGAUCGAUUUCUCGACCAUGCUAAUGCAGCGCCAGCGCGAGCUCAGUGGCUGGUUUGGUUGCGGCAGCAAAAUGCAGCCAGACCAAGUGGAGGAUCAAGGCUACUAUCUCGAGCAGUUUGUCCUUGGCGUGCUGGAUUUUAGCUCGCAAUAUGGCAUCGAGUAUAGCAUCUCGUACACGGCGGCCAAUGUGAUUGGCAGGCCAUCGAAAUUCCCCAACUACGGCGACUACCCAGAGACCUUCACCAUGCGCACCUACGGUGACUGGUGGCAACUGGCACCAUCUGCCACGCGAGAGAUUCAGCCGCAGAAUCUACCCAAAUUGGCUACACACGAUUACAUUGUGGUCUACUUUGAGGAUUAUGUGGUGCCCACGGAGGUGGCCAUUUUUGAGACAUUCAAUCCUGGGGCUGUGAUACGCAUCUGGGCUUAUGGUUUGACCAAGCACUGGACCUGCCUCUGGGAGACCUUGGACACCGAUCUGACCGCACCAACGCCACGCAAUUCACGACGCUUUGCGCCGACGCUGAAAAAGACCACCAUGAUAACAAAAACGAUACGCAUUGAUUUCAACCACAGCCGGCUCAAUUACUACACGGAAAUCGAUGCCAUCAUGCUGUGCGGACGCACAGUCUCGGGUCGUCUUAUUCAAAGCAUUUUGGGGGAGCAGGCACGCGCCAACAAGUCCCUCUCGCCGCUUUCGAAGAUGGCCAGUGGCCAGAUGGCCGGAUCCAUCACCUGCAAGCUGCGGUCACUGGAAUUCAAGCCGAACUUCAGGGAGAAAAGUGACACCAGCCUGCACGAAUUCAUCAGCAAUGAUCUUGGCAAAUUUAUGAUGGACAACCGCCUCGAGGAUCCUCUGGCCUCAGUCUCUGCCUCAGUCUCUGCCUCAGCCGCAGAGGCAGUGCCGCCUGGCAUGUGUGUGACGGAUCUGCCGUUUGAGAUCAUCUUGAAAAUACUCAGCUACCUGGACCUUAAGUCACUGUUUCGCGUGGGGGGCGUGUCGCGCACCUUCUACGACAUCUCUACUCAUCCGCUGCUCUACGCCGAGCUCAACCUGAAGCCCUAUUGGCUGGUGGCCAGCUCGGAGCUCCUGUGCACUCUGGCCCGCCGGGCCACCAUGCUGCGCAAACUGGAUCUCUCCUGGUGUGGUGGCUCCAACGAAAUUUCACCCACCGAAUUCAAAAAAUUUCUGACCCAGCGAGGCGAUAAUCUUACCCACCUGCGGCUAAACUCUUGUAAAUUUCUAAACGCCAGCUGCAUUGAGAAUGUGGGCAUAGUCUGUGAUAAUCUGAUUGAGUUGAGCCUGCGUAAUUGUGCCACUGAUCCGCCGCUAUUGAACUUCUCCUGUCUGGCAAAUCUUAAGAACCUGGAGCGUCUUGAUCUCUUCCAAACGGCCUUCGAUACAGAGCUGCUGCUCAGCAUGCUCGAGGGCAAUCGCAAGCUUAAGCAUCUGAAUCUAGCCUUCUGCGGUGUGUCGGUGAAUAUGGACGAUGUGGCCGAUCACCUGGCCACGUACAACACACAGCUUGUAUCGCUGGAUCUGUGGAAGGCGCACUUUCUGUCGGCUCGAGGACUUUUAGCCAUAUCUCGGUGUUCUCAGUUGGAGGAGCUCGAUCUGGGCUGGUGCCUGCGUGAGGCAUCGCUGGGAGAUGGCUUGUUUCAGUUGCUGUCCAACUGUCCCAAGCUGAGGAAGCUAUUUCUGUCGGCAGUGCGGGGCACCACUGAGCGGGAUCUCAUACACAUUGCCACGCUGGGCAAAAACCUGGAGCAAUUGGAUCUCAUGGGGAUACUGAAUAUAACGCACGAACGUAUCUACGACAUUCUGGUUCAUUGCCCCAAGCUUCAGCUGUUGGAUCUGAGUUUUUGCGAAAACAUUAUGGAGCGUGAGUUCGAUGUACUGGCUGAAUGGUCGAGACAGUUUAAGGUAGAUAUCAAGAGCAGCCGCAUCUUCGAUACUAGAUAGGUGAUCGCAGGAAACGAGAGUGAAGCCACCAUGGCCAUAUCUUGUAGCUAUUAUAAAUAAUGGAUGUGCAAUUUGUAUGUGUGUGCGGCACUCUCUCUUUUCCGUUCCUAGUAAAAUUGUACCUUUUAAUAUUGUUUAAAACAAAACAAACCUGUGGGAAAUUUUAUAAAAUCCUUCAACUGCA